AGUUAAUAAAUAACAACAGACACUAGCUAAAAUACAUAUAAAUGCAGAAGACACUCAGCAGCAUCGAUAUGCAGAUUGAGCUGUGGACUACAUUACAGAAUGAAGAGACUUGUGGUUCUACUCUCCUUGUUUCUCCUCGCCGCUACCGAAAAACAAGAUCUUUUAGGUAAAAUGUUCACCUUUCCUGUGGAGUCCAAUCGCCACCAUGUGAGUCUCAGUCCUCAGCUGGAGAAGGAGACGAAUUUCACAUGUAUUACUGUGUGUCUGCGUGCCUUCUCCGACCUUUCCCGAAGUCAGAUCCUUUUUUCGUUGGCUCUCCCAACAUCUGAUAAUGCCUUUGUUAUUUACAAGCCCAAACGAGAAGUUUAUCGUUUACAUUUGGGAGAAUCGUUUGUGGACUUUUGGGGCAUGCAAGAUGAACUAAAUGUCUGGAAUUCGGUCUGCGCUACCUGGGAUGGGAAAACAGGUCUCAGUCAGCUGUGGGUGAACGGAAAUCCGAGCACACGAAAAGGGCUCUCUCGUUUAGGCUCUUUUUUCGGAACUCCAAAAAUCAUUCUGGGUCAAGAUCAAGAUUCUUACGGUGGAGGAUUUGACAUUAACCAGUCAUUUGUGGGCAUGUUGACUGACGUUCAUAUGUGGAACUCGGUUUUGUCUCCUAGCGAGAUUUCGCAAUAUAUGCACGAUUACUGGUAUCCGCCUGGAAAUGUUCUUAACUGGGACUCUUUGGAAUUCAGUAAAAUUGGGUAUGUGAUUACUGAAAGUGUAAAAACUACUCAAAAAUUCAAUAUUGUUUAAAUUCAUUGUUUAGGAACCUAAAAGAAGUAAUGAAUACAGACCUGUCUUUACUAUAAGUGAUAAUGCAAUGAAGUUUGACCAACUGUAAAAAAUAAACAUGAAAAAAUAAAAA